GCAGGGGAUAGGGAAGGGAAGGAGAAUACACGAGAGAGGUAGGCUCGGCCUAUUCGAGAAGGCUGGUAGACUGUUGGUAGGUGAGAGUAAGAAAGCGAAGGAGCAUACUGGCUGGCAGAGGCAGACUGGCCGGCCGUGCGCUGUAGUUAACAGAGCUGCCAGCAAAUCGGCAGCAGAUGUGGUCAGUUAGUUCGGUGCUGUGUGCUCGUUCGGAUCACAGUGUUUCUGUGGAUUUCGAUGCACCGACUGAAUCCGCAGUCGAUAGUAGCGACAAUAGCCAGCGAUCAGUUGCCGAGUGUGACCCUCGUCGUCGCGACACAACACGCCGGGUUCGAGAGAACCACGUAAGAGUGAACGCACUGUAAAAGGCUUGGAGAGUCGGUGACAAGUCGUGGCAAGGCGAAAAACGACUUGAUUCAGCGGAUACGAUUUCGACGUGUACAGAGAAUAGAAAGGAACGAAACAAAACGAGUAAGACAGGACAGGACAGGAUAGGAUAGGACAGGAGAGAACAGAAUAAACAACAAGGAGAGCAACGACAACGGUGUAUCGAGGAAGAAUCGCGAGGUAGAAAGAAGAGGAGAGAACAAAUCGAAUGGAACAGUCGGUCGCGCGCCAGCACCAAGAACGCAGUGAUCGCAGUACCUGUACGUCGGUGGCCGAAGACUUGUCCGAUUGAGACUCGGGAGUGAUGUGGCAACGUUGCUGGUGGCUUGCGAGUGGAGGAGUCAGUAGUCGUUCGGCUGUUCUAUCGUAGUCUGUGUCUGACAGUGCAGUGUCGUUGCCAAUAGAACCGCGAGGGCCCGUCAGGGCCCACGAACACCGCGAAUAUCAUCGCGAUUCUCACCGCGGUCACGAUGACAUAUCUAACAGGAGCAGCAACGAGUAGUAACACCACCAUCAUCGACGGGACAAUCGUACAGAUACAUCUAACAUUGCUACGAUAGCGCAUGUUCGCGUUUGUUGGUUAUCGUCGUUGAAAAACAGCCGAUGAAAGAGGAGAGAGUUUCCGUGACUCGUGGUUUAAGUAACAGUGUUUCGAAGCGUACGAUCACGGCGAAACGCGCGUAUUCGUCGUACAUACAAGUCUCGUUGGUUGAGUCGCAGCAACGAGCAGCAGCAGCAGCAGCAGCAGCAGGUUUUGGUUCCGAACCUUUAUAGAAGUUCCUGAAGUGCGCGCGCGGGGUUUUACGCGUCUGCCACUCGAAUGUCGAGAAACGAAUGAGUGCGUGAAUCGUGACAACAUCGUGUCGAAGUGUACGGAGAGGAGUAUCCUGAGAGAGAACGAGAUAGAAUCCGUCUCUCUUUCUCUCACAUCCCAUAGAGGCCGUGGUCGGACUUUACGCCGUCGUACGCGCUUCUCCCCUCUCCCCGUAAUGGACUGUUUCUUUCUCCCUCUCUCUCGCUGAAGGCCAAUUUAUCUAUCCCGUCUCUGUCUGAGUCUAUACCAUUCCUGUCUGUGCGCUGGCAGAGUUUUCACUGGCGCGACACGACACGGCACGGCACGGCACGGCACGCGCGCACACACGCUACCGACACGUAAACGAAAAACGAAACGAAACCGGCUGCUGUCCAGCCGAAACGGGAGUGUCAAACAUCCGAGGAAAAAUCACGGGCUAUGGGAACAGUGUGUGCCAUGAACUGAAAAAACAGUGCGCGACCGGUUGUCUCGUGCUUGGCCCCGUCGAAAGAGGAUCUUGCAUUUCAUCCGGUGCGUGCCUGUAUAUCCCUUUACACCAAAGGAGGAAGAGAGGUUAGGUUAGGCUAGGACUCCGCGUCACCCUUGGCUACACUCCGUCCUUCUCGCUCUUUCGUGCGAUUCUCCUACCUCUCUUUUUCUGGCAUACGGCCGAAGAGGAACGCGCAGACACGAGAGGCCAAACCGACUACGUACACACAUACACACAUUGCCAGGACAAUUGGGGAAAGAGGAGGAAAACACAAAUGCCGAUCGCUGGUGGAAUUCUAGUCGCUGGAACCGCGGCUCAUUGCUGGUCUUCCGCCGCUGGUAUGCUUCGAUUCCUCGCUAGACUUUCAGGGAGGCGGCGGCACGUGCGCCGCAGCUCCGGGCCAGGUGGUGGAGCUCGUGCCGUUGAAGAAACAGAAGAGGCAGCAGCAGCGGGGGUGGGAGGCUACGUGGACGGUCUGGACGAAGGAAGGGGAGGAUGCGAUGCGGUAGGAGCGAGCGUGCUCGAGGAGGUUAGUUGCUCACCGGUGGCCGAUGGCGAGGUCUGCUGCGGCGACAGCAGUACCACCACCAACUACAGCCACCGUCGUCAUCACCUGCAUCAUAUACAUCGUCGCUAUAGUCAUCGUCAUCAGCAACAACAACAACUACAGCGUCAACGAUGUCACCAACGAAGGGACAGCAUGGCUAGCAACGAGCUGGUCGUCGACGAGGAAGCCGACGAUGAGGCUACGUAUCAGGACCAGGCUACCGCUGCUCCUCCUCAUCGGGACAUCCGUCACGAACUCCACCACCUACAACAUCACCAUCAUCAUCUGCAUCAUCACCAUCACCACCAUCACCACCCUCACCAUCACCAUCAUCAUCAUCUGCAUCAUAUCCAUCAGCGACUGCGGGACGACAGACCGCCUUGCGAUCGGGACGAAAACGCCGAUCGCAUCGUCCGGACCACCAGCAAUCGCCACGCGGAUGGUACCACCGCCACUGACAACCCUGCCACCGUCACUGCCAUGACGAGAGGAUGCAGGAUCCCGCCCUACCUCGCUACUCUACUCAUCCUCUCUUAUACCCUCUUCGGUAUAGCAGACGCCUGUUCAUCGCGGUCGACGCCGAAACCACGGCCACCGACGCCGACGCCUCGACCGAACAUCACAUUCCACAUGUACACGUGUCCACCGGAUUAUGCGGAAUGGUACUGCUUGAACGGUGCCACAUGUUUCACUGUCAAAAUCGUCGAUUCCCUCCUUUACAAUUGUCUAUGCGCCAACGGUUAUAUCGGGCAGAGAUGCGAGUUUAAGGAUUUAGAUGGUUCCUAUUUACCUUCCCGGCAACGUGUAAUGUUGGAGACAGCCAGCAUCGCCGGUGGUGCCACGAUAGCAGUAUUCCUGGUCGUUAUCAUUUGCAUAGCGGCUUACAUCCACUGUAAGCGAAAGCAAAAGGAAUUACGGUCGAGUAAUUGCGUCGACACGGUGGAUGGUCCUGGCCGAGAUCCGGAGUUAAGGCCGUUUAGCAACCGCAGCCGCUCCCUCAUGAUCUUCAUGACCAAGAAUCCUAAUAGCUCGGCGGCGAUAGAGCAGACGAGAAUGCCCGGAUGGAACUGCCCGGAAGCGGAGUCAAUGAGAAUGGCGUCCAUCAGCGAAGGCAAACGUUCCAAUCAAUGAUAGAGUCAGUCCGGUGCCUAAUUCCACUACACGAAGCAAGGCGUCCAGCAUAGAGAUCACCGACACCACGUCGACGGAAGGGAAUCACUUUCACCCAGCUGCUUUCUGUCUCCGUCCAUGGACUACGUUCUCGCGGUGACGUAUCAGAGAGGAAGGAAGAGAGAAAAAAAAAAAAAAAUCCAUUGUGAACGUAUUGCUCGACGAUCGUGUGCAACUUUGAAGAGCCUAGCUUCGUCGUAAUUCAAUGUUUAUUUGUGCCUGAAUUAUCCGGUCGACGAGUUUCUUGCAUCGUUAAGGAUCGUUUGAAGAGGAAGAUCGUUUAGCUCGACUUCGAGCGGUGCGUUUCUUCACAAUGGAAGAUCACGUUGGCAAGACAGCAAGAGACGAUCUCGUUGGCAGCUGAAAAAAUCGAUACGUGGACCGGGAUCCUCGGGAUCGAUGAUUCGCGCGAGAUCUAAAAAAGCGUAGGAUUAAAAAGGAAGUACGUAGCCGGUAACUUUAAAUAGCUGGACCUGAACAGCUGGAAGAACAAAGGACAAGAAAGUAGACAAGAAGGCAAGCUUAAAAAUAAAGCCUCUGCUGAAUAGGUGACUCUCUUAAUAGAAAGAAAAAGUAGGGAAGAGAGAGAGAGAGAGGAGAAGAGAAAAGAAGCAUUUAGCGCGAACGUAACGGAGAAGAAGCAUAAGUAAUUUGUUCCUAUCGGAGAUACGAGAUAGUUUAGAGCAGACAAUAAUAACCGGAGAAUAAUUACAUAACGUUAUUAGCAUCGGUUAAGAUAAAUGUACCAGUUAAGUUUCGACGAAUAAUCCUCUGCUAGAAGUAGAAACGUUGCUCGUCGUAGAAUAUAAUUCCUCGAUUUUAAUCGAGAAAACGCGCGGAAAUAAGUCCCUCCCCUCCCCUCCCAGAUUUCACUGCUUUGUUUUAUUCUUCUUUUCCAUAAACUCCUGUUUCCUGUAUGUCCGAUUUCGUUCGCUUCUUUUUUCCGUAUCCUCACGCAGAAAUCGAUCCUUCGAUGCAAGUUCCGAGUUCAGCACAAGUUUCUUAGAAAUCAAUACCACUGAAACGCGGAAAAUAGAACGACUCACGUAUCAGAAGCGUUAGCAGAUGCAAAGCAUUCGAAGUUCUAAAUCGUUGGAUGUCAGACAAUUUCUCUUCUUCUACACUGGCUGAUCCAGAAGGGAAGAAAUUCGAAAAUUCUAACCGUUUCUGUCGUUCAGUUUUCUUUCUUUCAAUGUGCCGAAUCGUCACGAAAGUUAUGCGUCACAGCGAUAAUACAAAGUAGAUUCGCGUGACGGGCCAAAACUUGAUCCUAUAAGUGUGUUUCACUGUAAAAUGUUCGUUCAAUACAGACGUAAUUAUUUAUUGGAAAGUUUUCGUUAAGUAUAUGUAUUUUUUGUCCGCACAAUGCCGUAUGUGUAACUUCAUUUAAAUUCGUAAUAUAAUUUAAAUUCGCCUUAACAUGGCGAGAAAAGAAAAGAAAACGAACUCGAGGAUGGUGUCCCUGUGCGGCGUUAAAACCUAGCGAAAAGAAAGUAAGCCUCGUUGUAAUAUUCGUUAGAUCGUCGAUAAAAAUCGAUUGAAUUCUCGAAGACGAAUGCACGAGUCGCGGUGGCAUCGAUAACGAUCGUGUCCAUCGAUCGAUUAAGGUCGGAAUCGAGCGCGCUGCGGAGCAAAUCUCUGUUCCUCGCCUCUCCUCUUGUAAAUAGUAAAUUAUCCACAUAGGGCCAGCCGAUUCGUUUUCCGUUAAAUUUAUCCCAAGAAAGAUUGGGCCGUUGUAGCGGACAAACUACAAUUAUGACGACGCUGGUCGACAGCGAGUUCCCAUUUCUUUACGGUGACUAUUGACAAAUAAAUUUAUCGGGCAACGAGUCGACCGGAUGACAGAGUCGAUUGUUCACGCGGCGUGCUCCUCCCAAUAUAACCGAUAGAACUAUCUCCAUUCUUCUUUCGAAUUUUGAAAGGAGUCGAGGAUUCGUUUAAAACGAUCGUUGUCGAACGCUACCGCGACGCCAUCUUAAAAAGUUCACGAAGAAGCACGAUAUGUUAUUUGUUUAGUCGAUCAUAACCUAACAUCCUGGAAGGAUCGAUCCUGUAUUCGACGAUGAUUUGUACAUUUGUAGAUACUGUGUCGUGGAAUGAAGAAGCUUCCAAACGCUUUGAAGAAACAGAAAAUGAAUCGUCUAGUAUACUUUUGUGUAACGUGUACGAAUAAUGUGUCGCGCGAUCAUGACCCGACGACGCUUUCGUUUCUUUGCUCGGCCACGAGCCUCGUGUUUUCUCUUUCGUUAUGAAGUUUCAAAACUUGAAUGACUUACAAAACGUCGUAAAGAUGCAGUAAGAGCUGGUAAUCUUUCUGGACAACGAAAAUCGGGAAGAAGAGUCGAAAGAAAGAAACGAAGGAGAAAACCGAAGAAUACGCAUACGUACGUAGAAUUAUGAAACGAGAUAGGUUCCGAGACGAGAAACGCGUGAAGCUAGGUGGCCUAAUGUGUAUUUCUUUUCUUUUUUUUAAUUUUCUGUUACGGGUACGAAUUCGAAUCGUAACCGUACGUUGUAAUUUAUUAUAAAUAGUCGUAAUUAUCGUGAAGAAAUCGUAGCGUGAAAAUGGAAAAACUCUAAUUUAAUUAUUCCCCGAUCUUACUUCUCUCGUAACUUUGUACUUGGUUCCUAAUUUAUUCUUAUAUUAUUUUUUUCCCUCUAAUUAUUAAUUACCACGAUUAUUAUUAUUAACUUACUAAUUUACGAUCAUUAGUUGCGAUCAUUUAAUUAUUCUCCUUUUAUUAUUAUUAUCGAACCACGAUUAAUCAAUUUAUUCCUAAUACUACCGCGUAUUAUUUGGUUAACACGAUAUCUUUUAAGGACACGCACUUAUUAUUUAUAAACGAACGAACGAACGAACGAGAGAGAGGGAGAGAGAGAGAAAAGAGUUAUAUAAAAAAAGAAAAAGAACGAAGAGAAAAAGCACGCAAUUUCCGACGCAAGUGCGCCUGUGAAAACCGCAUAAAACUCAAUGAAAAGCUUACGUUCCAACAUCGCACAGGCAUUCGUUGAAUAUCGUAGUAUCUGCAGUUGUUCUUCAAUCGAGAAAGCCAUUUUCCUACAAUUCAUUCAGCCAGCACACAGGUUUCUUUCCAUAAGUGCAACGUAGUAAUUCAUGCAAUCGAACCAGCAAUCGUUGAAUCAACUUCUAAACACAGUUUCACUGAAAGUUCGAAUAAUCGCUUCUAACGAUCGUAGUCGAUUCCUCGCAAUUCUUCUAAUUGGUCGUAUCGCGUUUCGAAACGCAUCGACGUGCAUCGUGAGAGCGAUUACUCGAACCCGUCGAUUCCGAAAAAUUGAGCAACGAAUGGCCGAUUGUUGAACACGAAGGAACUUCGAAACGUUUCAUACGGGAGCGAUCGCAAGAGAAAAGAUUCGUAGGUAGACUUCGAUUGUCAGCUUCUAAACGUUAAAAUAUCGUCACGACCGAGUGAUUGCUUGACCACGAUCUUUCUCUUUCUUUUUUCUUUUUUUAAUUUACACCCUAUCAAUCAUCGAGGGGAAACAUGACUUUAAUUUUUGUCGAGAGAAAAGAUAAAUAAACCAGAGAGAAUCAUCGUCGGGAGCAAUGACUUGGGCUUGUGACUUAGCGAUCGUUUAAGCGUAGACAGUGGUAGCAUUUUAGUACAUCAGACAGCGCUGUAGCCGUGUAUCGCGAAGAUCAAGACGAAGAAGAGAGCCGAAGGGAGGGAAAGAAUAAGAAAAAAAGCAGACACGAGAAGGAUACGUUGCAUUCGAUCGGGAGAAAGAGAAAGAAACAGAGAAAGAAAAACAGCUAAACGACGCGAAGAAAUUUCGAUGAAUUUUUCUUUUGGGUCAGCGUGGUCAGAGAGGUCUUAUCCUAGGAGAGAGACCCGACGGGAAUGGUUUGUACCACUAACCGUUCGAUCGGAAUCGACUCGAGGACACUGGAAUCACGAAAUUCUUAGUGGAGCGCGAUCAUUCCGAUCGACGACUGGUCAACUCUACCGUCGGCGACCGCCGCUCAGUCCGUUCGUAUCCUCUUCUUUCCUUUGUUUUCUCUUGUUUGCUUCUUGCUUUUCCGUUUCCGUUUCUUCUUAAUAUUCUGUUUUUCCUUUCUUUUUUCUUUCUGUUUUCCUUUAUUUGUUUUAAUUUUUAAUUUCCGGACGGAAAUCUUCGCGCUCAGACGACACGCGAAAGGUCUCCAAGUGAAAUUUGUUUCUUUUUUUCGUGAAUUGCGUGCGCUUUAUGACGGCGGAUGGUAGGUACCCCGUCCGACAUACCAAAUCCGUACUUUCUGUCGCGAUAUAUGCUGUUCGUUGUAAAUGUACCAAAGACAAUGUCGAUUAACUGACAAAAUAAAGGUAGUUUAUUUAUAAAAAUGUGUGAAGAAGAAUGAAAAAAAAAGAAAGAAAGAAAAUGAUAGAAAGAAAGGAGCAGUGUGCACGCGGAUAACGCGUGUAUGAUCUGCUUCGUAAAAAUCGAACGGUAAGAACAAUGAACGAAUAUAACGGGGAUAAUAUAGUUAACAAGAGUUAUCUAUCCAAAGGAAAAAUGCUGCUAAAGUGUCAUUUAGCUAGACGAGAUUGAUCAUUGGAUUCGCAAUGUUGCACCGAAACAUUGUUAUUAUUUUUGUAAAGAAACUAUGUACAUGUAUUAACUUAGCGUGCUCUGCGUAUGGAAGCUUACGAUAUGUUGAUUAUUAUUACUAUUAUUAUUAUUAUUGCUAUUAUUAUUUCUAUUAUUAUUAUUUCUAUUAUUAUUAUUAUUGCUAUUAUUAUCUAUUUUUAUUAUUAUCUAUUAUUAUUACGAUUAUUAUUAUAUUGAAAGGAAUAAAAACUUGUACUCUUGUUUCCCGAAAUGGUUAAGUAGUAUAAAUAAGCGAGAUCGUAUAUGUUGCUGCAGUCAUCCUUUAAACUUUAAACACUUUCCCGCCAUUCUUCACUGAUUGUUCCAUAGGCUGCGCCACUGUCCUUCGCGUUCCUUCCUUUACAAUUAGAUGAUAAUACGUCAGGCAAAUACGUGAUUAUAGUUGUUUAAAAAAUUCUAGAACGUUUAUCCUUGUAUUUAAAAGAAGGAAAAAGUAAAAGAAUUGAAGAAUGACAUAUAUAUAUAUAUAUAUAAUAUAAUAUAUAUAAAUAAUAUAUAUAAACAUGACGUACUAAGUUUCACCAAAGAGAGCACAAUAUUUAAACCUUAUUUUUCGAAUUUGAUCACGCAGUAGUUCCAGCGUAGAUUUGAUCACCAUGAAACGUGUAAUCUACGCAUCGAAAAGUGUUAUAUUUAAAAUAUUUCGUGUUUAAAUUAGUGUCUGUGUAUAUUAAUUCAAUGACAAAUUGUUCAAAGAAUCAUUAAAUUUGGAACGACAUUAAACAAUUCGCGAACUUACAAAUUUUUUGUGGAAACUGAUCUGAUGUUUCAGCAUCUAUCUCACUUUAAUGGCAUUCUUAUCUUCGAUGCAAUGCGUUUGGUUGAUGUCAGAUAUGCUAUAGUGAUACUAGUGUAAAUGUUAGUGAAAUAGUGGAAAAAUAAUGCUAACAGUUGGAGUUAUUAAAAGCUGAAUUUGUAACAUCCAUAGAUAAUUGGCGAGAUGGAAUUUCAAAGAAACAUUAAGGCCAUGCAGACCAAGAACCAUCGACUUAUAUAAAUACAUAUACCUCCUAAUUAUAAUUUAAUUAUAAAUAUUCAGUUGAUCCAAUCAAUAUUUCAUCUUAUUACAUUUUUGCUAGUAUCUCCUGUGUUUGAAAAAUACGAUAUAAUAAAAAUUAUAUAAUUGAAAUUUA